ACUUCCUUGAUUAGUUUCAAGUCUAUAAAUAAAAAAGAAAGUGUUAUUAUUUCGAUAAUUUCGUUUUUGAUAAUCUUAGAGACGUGUGAUUUCAUAUCGUCAAAACCACGAUGCCUAUUCUUUUAUUUGUUUUGUUCAUUGGUAGUUCAGCUUCACACCAAUUCAACCAGGACAUGGAUACAGAAUGGCUACUUUUUAAGAAAGCGUACAACAAAGCUUAUGGGAACGGAAGUGAAGAUUAUUUAAGGCGAUCUAUUUGGGAGAAGAAUGUUAGAUAUAUUGAACACCACAAUUUGGCAGCCGACAGAGGAGAACAUAGUUACUGGCUUGGUAUCAAUCCUCUUGCUGAUAUGUCGAUUGAUGAGGUGAUCGAGACAAUGACAGGUGGAUUGAUAUAUAGAAACACCAGUGAAGGUUCUACAUUCCUCCCUCCGAAUAAUGUUGAGAUCCCUAGUGAAGUGGACUGGAGACAGAAGGGCUAUGUAACUCCUGUGAAAGACCAGGGAAAAUGUGGAUCAUGUUGGGCAUUCUCAGCUGUAGGAUCAUUAGAGGGUCAGCACUUCAGGAAAACAGGGAAACUCGUAUCGUUAUCAGAACAAGAUCUGAUAGACUGUUCGUCAAAAUACGGUAACAAAGGCUGCAAUGGAGGUAUGCUACCUGCUUCAUUUAACUACGUCAAAGAUAAUGGAGGAAUAGAUACAGAAAAUAGCUACCCAUACGAGGGAAAGGUUGGAAACUGCCGGUACACGAAAUCUAAUAUUGGAGCUUCUAUCACUGGUUACACUGUGAUCAGAAAUGGAGAUGAAAAUCAGUUGAAGCAAGCUGUUGCAGCAGUAGGACCUGUAUCUGCAUGCAUUUACGUGGAUCAAAACUUUAUGUUGUAUAAACGAGGUGUAUUCAAUAAUCCGACCUGCAAGUCUUACACCGUAAAUCACGGUAUCCUGGUUGUUGGAUAUGGCACGGAAAGCAGCGAUGAUUAUUGGCUUGUUAAAAACAGUUGGGGAACAACAUGGGGAAUGGAUGGAUACAUAUUGAUGUCAAGAAACAAGAACGACCAGUGUGCCAUAGCAUUAAAUGCCAUGUACCCACUAAUGUGAUGAAUAUAUUAACUUGUUGAAUUUCUGAGAAAACUUUGAUCAUAUUGUAACGAAUUCCUUCGAGAAUAUUCGCUACUCUGUUUCAAAUAUGACAAGCGUUUCUAAAGACUAUUAUAAUGUUAUGAAUGCUAGUAUAUAAAUAAAGAAACUAAGAAAGCAAUAAAAAAGGAAGGUCUGUUAUCUUUUUUCCAAUAUAUCAGCCAUUGAAAAUUUGACGGCACAUAGUUCUCUCUAGAUUUGUUGUACAUUUAACAAUUAUUUCAAAUGACGAAAAACAUUUGCUAUCAACCUGUACAAAUUCUUUGAGGCCUGCAAUGCAGUGGGUAACGUGGUUCAUUUAUAUUAUAUUUUCUUUUUGUACAUUGUUUUGUAAUAAAUUAUGCCGUUUGUUUUUUU